CAGGCGGGCGGCGGGGACCCGCCAUGGAGAAGGUGGGCGGGCGCGGAGCUCCGGCAGGGCGCCCUGGUGCCGCUCACCGCAAUCUGCCUGGUGAAUCUCUUCUUAACUGGGAAAACAGAAAGUGCUGUUACCUCAUUAGCUGCUUGCAGUGGAAAACUGGAACAGCACACAGAGAGACGUGGAGUCAUCUAUAGUCCUUCCUGGCCACUAAACUAUCCUCCAGCCAUAAACUGCAGCUGGUACAUCCAAGGAGAUCACGGAGAUAUGAUAACAAUUAGUUUUAAGAACUUUGACUUGGAGGACUCUCAGAAAUGUGCAGUAGACUGGCUGAUGAUUGGCCCCUCUUCCAAGAGGGAGGAGUACAGAGUGUGUGGAUCCUCCAUACCACCCUCCUUUAUCUCUGCACGGGAUCAUGUCUGGAUAUUUUUCCACUCGGAUGCAUUGAGUUCAGGACAGGCUCAGGGAUUUCGCCUUUCCUACAUCCGAGGAAAAAUAGGCCAGACUAUUUGCCAGUCUGAUGAAUUCCACUGUGUAAACGGCAAGUGCAUUCCCAACACUUGGAAGUGUAAUUCCAUGGAUGAGUGUGGAGAUAACUCAGAUGAGAGAAACUGCACCAUCCCUCCAACAGAGCCUCAGUCCAGCAUCUGUCCCUCAGGAACAUUCCAAUGUAGCAUAGCCCAUUCCACCAAGUGCUUGAUAAAUGAGUUGAGAUGUAAUUCAGUUAAAGACUGUAGUGAUGGUUCAGAUGAAGAUAACUGCCCUGACCUUUCAUGUGGCAAAAGACUGGGUAAUUUUUAUGGGUCUUUCGCUUCCCCAGACUUAUUCCGUGCAGAUCACAGCCGGGCAGACCUUCGCUGCACUUGGUAUGUGGACACACAAGAUAAUCGGCAUGUCCUCUUGCAGCUUGAUUUACAGUUAGGGUACAAUGACUAUGUAAAGGUGUAUGAUGGAAUUGGAGAAAGAGGUGAUAAAUUAAUGCAAACUCUUUCAUAUCACAACAACAGGCACUCGGUGAGCGUGGAGUCCUCAAAGGGUCAGCUCACCAUUUCAUAUCAUGCCAGAUCAAAGAGUACUGGCCAUGGAUUCAAUGCAACUUAUCAGGUGAAAGGUUACUGCCUUCCGUGGGAACAUCCUUGUGGAAGUGAUGAGGAGUGUUUCACAGAUAAGCAGCAUUGUGAUGGUUGGUGGCACUGUCCAAAUGGCAAAGAUGAAGAGAACUGUCCAGCUUGCCAGAAAAAUGAAUACCCAUGUGAAGGAAACAGUGGACUGUGUUAUUCAAUACUUGACCGAUGUAAUAACCAAAAGAACUGCCCAGAUGGCUCAGAUGAAAAGAACUGCUUUACAUGCCAACCAGGAAACUUUCACUGUGGCACAAAUCUGUGUAUCUUUGAGACUUGGCGCUGUGAUGGCCAAGAAGACUGCCAGGAUGGAAGUGAUGAACAUAAUUGUCUGGUUAUAGUGCCUAGAAAAGUCAUCACAGCUGCUCUGAUUGGGAGUCUUGUGUGUGGUUUGCUGUUGGUGAUAGCACUGGGUUGUGCAUUUAAACUCUACUCACUAAGGACCAGGGAAUACAGAGCAUUUGAAACCCAGAUGACUCGUCUUGAGGCAGAGUUUGUACGAUGUGAGGCUCCACCUUCCUACGGGCAGCUCAUUGCACAAGGACUUAUCCCGCCAGUUGAAGAUUUCCCUGUUUACAAUGCAUCGCAAGCAUCUGUGCUGCAGAACAUCCGAACAGCAAUGAGGAGACAGAUGAGACGCCACUCAUCAAGACGGAAUUCAUCUCGGAGGCGCUUGGGCAGACUCUGGAACAGACUGUUCCACAGGCCACGAGUGAGAGGGCAGAUCCCUCUCUUAACACCUGCGCACACUUCCCAAACAACUCUGGGUGAUGGAAUUAUCGAUCACACCGAAGGGAAUAUCCAGAAUCCCUCACCUUCCCCUGAAGGACCUAAUUCAGAGGCAGAGACCUAUGGCCAGGUUAGAGGGCUACAAGAAGCUGGAAGUAGCAUUUUGCAGCCAGAGACUGACACCACAGAGCCAUCACCCUCUAGUGUUUUAUCUAAUACUUGCACAGCUGCACAGGCAGAGCCUGAGACUGGACACAGUGACAAAUCUUCAGGUGCUGAGGAUACCUCCAGCACUGAGCUUAAACAGACCAAGAGGGUGGAUUCAGGAAAAGCUUUCAGAGACCCUUUGUCUGAAAGUGUUACAGAAACACUCCGUGGAGGAUCGGUAUCCAGAAGGACUGUCACAGAGAACAGUAAUUUAAACAGGAGUCAUCCGCUGAGUGAAGAGCCAUGUAGAUUACCCUUAAAAAAGUGGGGGUCUAAUUACUCAGACAGCCCUAUGAAUGUUUGUAUUCAGGUGGAUGGACAGCAGAGAUGUUGCUCUCAUUCCUAUCGGGAAGAACCUUUGGGUAUUCACGUGGCUUGUUGCCAUUCUGUGGAAGUGCCAAUGCUAGAGUCCUCUACUCCCCUCUCAGAAAUCAAUACCAGUGAUGAUGAAUCAUUACUAGUUUGCUAAUCACAUUUUGUUUUGGCCCUGUAGAUUUUGUAACUUUAAAAUGUACAUUGCAGAGCACACAGAUUAUAACCAACACAUCCGUGCUCUCAGUGUAGUCUGUUAGAACCAAUGUGCAUUUAUCCCAGAGGGAGCAGAAUACCUAUGACAAAACUAUGGAACAAAUUUUGUCUUUGUUGAUAUGCUUGAAACUCCAGUGGGGUAAAACUAGGCCAAUGUAUGUGUUUAGGGGCCAAGAGUGAGUGAGAAUCUAUUGUCACAAUCUGGGAGUAUUUCCAUCCUCCUUUGUUUGUUCUGUUCGUUUAUUCACUUUCACUUUGCAAUCAGAGAAUUUGAGUUUGUUUAGUUUAAAGUCACUUACCAUUGACAUUAAUGUGCUAGAGAGAAAUCAGUUGGCAGUCUGUGUAGGCGUCAGUCACAGGGAGUUACAACUGUCAGUGUUCAGCUAGAAAUAUUAAAUUGUUGUCUUUUUAGAUUAUUGGUUUUAAUUAAAUAAUGUUUACAGAGCCCCAAAAUACAUUUAGCAGAAAGUCAAAUCCCUGUGGCUCCUCUUUCUCUUUUCUGAAAAUUACCACUUUUUCUCUAUUCCCUUCAGAAGUGUAUUGUUGGCCAUAGAUAUCCAAAAGCAUCUAUUGCAACCAAAGUUUCUGUAUUCUGUAUACAGAGAAGAAUCAGGUUUUUUAUCUGCUAUAACUGUGUAAUAACAAAUUAGCCAUGUUAAUGAUAACUGGAGUCCAUUAAGCCCCAUUUGCAGCAACAUAUUUGUAUUAUCAGAUAUUUUAUCAUAUUCACAAUGGUUUUGUUAAGUUUGAAUCUUUUUUUUUUCUUCUCUCUUUUUAAGGUCUUACUAUAAUGCCAUUUUAGGGCAUGGUCUAGAGCAGUGGUGGGCAACCUGCAGCCCGUCAGGGUAAUCCGCUGGCAGGCUAUGAGACAGUUUAUUU